UACUCUCUCGCUGUAAUGGAGGAAACUUCUUCAAUUUAUAUAAGAAGACUAGCAAAAGACCAGUGUUACAUAAAUCGCAAUAAAAUAGCGCACCCACUCAAAAAACUGUACGCCAACGGGAACGGAGAUUUUUUCUUUUUUUUUCCUUUUUGUGGUUAUCUAAAUAUAGAGUACAGACCAAUUCCCUGGUCGGGCACUUUCUUCAAUAUAUCAAGUAAAACAGUUGAGCGGUUAAUGGCGAUGCCUGAUCUGCCCAUGGAUUUCGAUACGAACAGCGGCGAGAUAUGGGAUUGGCAAUGUGGGGAAACUUUUCUUGAAGACCGUGAGAACUUUGGGCUGCAGCCUCAAGCAGACGUAUCGGAAUGUUUAUGGACUGGUGUAACUGAAAACAAGGAAGAUCUUUCCUACAUGUUUGAUGAUGAAACCACUCCAGUUAAGGACUGUGGUGACUUGACUUUCAAUGUCAAGGAUGUUACAACCAAGGAAUUGGAGCAGUGCAGAGAACCUGCUAAAGUGGUAAAAAGACGCCGAAUGCUGCAAUUUGACGCUGAGAUCCUGGAUGUUUCUGGUUCAAAUGAAGAGAUUCCAUUAACUUGCUUAAAAUCAAAGGAGAGGGAUGCAUAUUUCGAAGAAGCUAUAUGCGAGGUCUCAGACUGGCUAUCUGAAUAUGCAGAUGGUGCAACAUCUUCGGCUCAUGAAGGUUUGGAUGAGUCUUCUGAAGAAUGGCUUACCGAUUGCUUUAAUGAUCCUGAGUUGCAGCUUGGUUCCGAGGAUAUGAAUACAUCUGGAGUACCUGAUGUUCAAGCUGACAUAAUAGAGGUUAUUAAUUCCUCGCCAGAACGCGAGACAACUAUGGUUAAAAGUAGUCCUGUUCGUACUUGUGGAAACAUUAUUUUCAAAGGUAGGAAUUCAUACAUGCAACCUCCCAAAAAAGGUGCAUCUUCUGUAGUGUACCCAUUCGGCUUUAUCAAACCCUGCAGUGUUCAAGGAGAUGUGACCUUAAAAGAGAUUAACAAAAAGAUACACACUCCACCACCAUCUAAGUCGAAGCAAAGCAAUCAAGAUCCACCUUCUUAUCCCACAUCAGCUUUUUCUGGGAAGCCUGUCAUUGGCAAGACAAAAAUUAACAUAGAGGGCGGAAGGGGCAGCAUUACAAUCAUGAGAACUAAAGGGUGAUCUUAAAAUGUGUUUUUGGCAUACUUUUGCUUGGGAUUGCUCCAGCAGUUUCGGGGUAUUGUUUUGGGCACUUUAGCAUAUAAGUUGAUUUGUGAAUGGAUCUUUAUUAGGGAGAACAUGGGGAGGAGACUUGCAAGUGGAGCACUCUCCCAUGAUUUUGAAAUCUCCAUGUAUAUUGGGUUAGUAGAUGGAUGACUUAUCUAUUUUGGUAAGUUAGCAAAUUCUUAAUGCUCAAAUGCUUAAAGAGGUCUUGCCUAAUCAAUUUGGCCAAUUGAUUUUUUGGAUACUUAUCCUCGGGCAACGUAAGCAUAAUCCCAAUGCAAUGUAAGUCGUCGUUACACAUGCAUCUAUGGCUAGUCUAUGGACCUUGUUAACAAUGUGACUGGUUUUUUAUUUCGUUAUUUAUCUUUUUAUGCGAAGAGGAGCUUUGACGUAGCUGGUAAAGUUGCCAUGUGACCAGGAGGUCAUCGGUUCAAGCUGUGGAAGCGUAACAUUGCGUACAAUAGACUCUUGUAGUCUGGUCUUUCCCGGACCCCGCGCAUAGUGGUAGCUUGUCAACUUGUCAAGCUGGUUUGGUUCGUUGUUAUGAGCAGCUUUGAUGCUUGAUCUUGGGUCUGAAGUAUGGGUCGACAAAGAAGGUUUGGUGGAAUAUGGAAUCCAUUUUUCAGAAAUCUAUGGCAUGUUGUAUGGGAACAAAAUCUUCUAAAACUACGGAUUCUCCCCCCUCGUAAAUUAAAAAAUCCUGUUUUGUGGACUCAAUUGUGUUUGGCCUAACACAGCUAACCUAAGAAAGAAUUUUCCAAAAAUAUAAAGCAGACAUGUUUGAACCUAUAAUUCUCUUGGAAUUUGCUUUGCUUUGGUGUAUAAUUAUUGUAAAUUGUUUAUACAAAGAUGGGGUAGUAUAAUGUGUAA